CAGUUAUGCCUUUCUCUCUCCCCAAUUUUGCAGCAAAUCUAGAGAGAGAAUUGCAAGAAUAGAGAGAGAAGCGCUAUUCCGAUUUCUCUCAAACCUCAAAUUUCUCCCCAUUCCACUGUUACACACUUUACUGCACCUCUGACCUCAUUCCUUUCUGCUUUAUUCAUACAGCUGAUUUUUCGCGGUCGGCCGCCGUCUGAUCUGAAUCCGUUUAAUUUUCGAAAAGUGAAUAAAUUGAAGGCUCAGCAAUCUGGUUGAUUAUUUUCAUUUUGUUCGCCGGAAGGGUAUUGACGAGAUCGGAUUCAAACCAUGGCGCCGAGCACAAUACGAAAAGCGAUCGGGGCGGUGAAGGAUCAGACGAGCAUCGGGAUCGCUAAGGUCGCGAGCAACAUGGCGCCGGAGCUGGAAGUAGCCAUAGUCAAAGCUACCAGCCACGAUGAUGAUCCGGCUUUAGAGAAGUACAUAAGGGAAAUUCUCCAAUUGACCUCCUUUUCGCGUGGGUAUGUUAGCGCCUGUGUUGUUGCCGUGUCUAAAAGAUUGGGGAAAACGCGUGAUUGGAUUGUGGCUCUCAAGUGUUUGAUACUUAUUCAUCGAUUGCUCAAUGAAGGGGAUGCUGUCUUCCAGCAGGAAAUCAUGUAUGCUACUAGAAGGGGGACUAGGCUGUUGAAUAUGUCUGAUUUCCGCGACGAGGCGCACUCGAGCUCUUGGGAUCAUUCGGCUUUUGUGAGGACCUAUGCGCUCUACCUGGAUCAGAGGCUGGAGAUGAUGAUUUAUGAGCGGAAGCAGAGCGGGAAUGGAGGUGAGAUGGAGACAUCUGGGGCCAGAGAUGAUAGAUAUAAUUAUCGAUCGCCACCAGAAUCAAACAGGGGUGGAUACGAGUAUAGCCAUGAGUAUCGGGAGGAGCCGUAUGGAAUGCGCAGAUCAAGGUCGUCUGGUGAUGUGAGGGAAUCGACGCAGGAGAGGAAAGAUGCUACUCCUCUCAGGGAUAUGGCGCCUGAGAGGAUCUUUGGGAAGAUGGGUCAUUUGCAGAGGCUGUUGGAUCGGUUUUUGUCUUGCCGGCCAACAGGUUUGGCAAAGAAUGAGAGGAUGAUUCUGGUUGCACUGUAUACAAUUGUUAAGGAGAGCUUCAAGUUGUAUGCUGAUAUCUGUGAGGUUUUGGCUGUGCUGUUGGACAGGUUCUUUGAUAUGGAGUAUCAGGAUUGUGUGAAGGCGUUUGAUGCUUAUGCGAGCUCAGCAAAGCAGAUAGACGAGCUGGUCGGAUUUUAUAACUGGUGCAAGGACAUUGGCGUGUCAAGAUCUUCUGAUUAUCCAGAAGUUCAGAAAAUUACUGGCAAAUUGUUGGAGACAUUGGAGGAAUUUGUGAGGGAUAGGGCUAAAGCAAUGAAGAGUCCAGAGAGGAAGGUCGAGGCGUUGCCAGCACCUCCAGUGGAGGAAGAGCCGGUGCAAGAUAUGAAUGAGAUUAAGGCGCUGCCGCCUCCUGAGGACUAUACUCCCCCACCACAACCUGAGCCUCUGCCUCCUAAGCCUGCCGUUCAAGAGACUGGCGAUCUGCUGGAUCUAAGGGACGAGGGAGUGAGUGCUGAUGAUCAAGGGAAUAAAUUUGCUCUGGCAUUGUUUGCUGGACCAGUGGCCAACAAUGGGAAUGGCUCGUGGGAAGCAUUCCAUUCGAAUGGGGAGUCGGAGAUGACUUCUGCUUGGCAAAAUCCAGCUGCAGAGACAGGCAAGGCCGAUUGGGAACUGGCUCUUGUUGAAACUGCUAGUCAUUUGUCUAAGCAAAAGGCAGCAAUGGGUGGCGGACUUGAUCCGUUGCUGUUGAAUGGCAUGUAUGAUCAGGGAAUGGUUAGGCAGCAUGUGAGCACUGCUCACUUGAGUGGUGGAAGUGCCAGCAGCGUUGCAUUGCCGGGUCCUGGAGCGAGUAAAACUCCAGUCUUGGCACUCCCUGCACCGGAUGGAACAGUCCAGGCCGUUGGACUGGAUCCAUUUGCCGCGUCCUUGAGCAUCGCUCCUCCUUCGUACGUGCAGAUGGCCGACAUGGAGAAGAAGCAGCAGUUGCUGGUUCAGGAGCAGAUGGUGUGGCAGCAGUAUCACAGAGACGGCAUGCAAGGCCAGGCUAGUCUGAACAAGAUCGGCGCGGGUGGAUAUUACGCUCCUGGCAUACAGCCCCCAAUGCCGUACGGAAUGCCACCGGUGAACGGAGUCGGAGUGCCACCUGCUGGUGGUUACUACUAUGCUCCGUACUGAUUCUUGGUAAAUUUUUUCUAUACGUUAGAUUUUACUUUUGUUUAAAUCUUGUAAUUUUCAAUGUAUUUGAUGUGAGUUUGCUCGCAUUUGUGCAUGACUUUGGGGAAGAGGGCAGAGAGAAAUUGAGGUGAAGAGUGAUUGUGAGAGAUUUAAAUGGUGUAAUCAUCUUGUUAUGUAAUAUUAUUUGCAAUUUCAGGUUCUUGUUCUAGAACACUAA